AGCUGUAAGUCGCUGCUGCGCCAACUCUGCAGUGCUAGGACAGGGUCCGGUUGGGGAGGUCCCCAGGUUCCAAAUUCUGUGCCUUGGGAACUGGACAAGACCCCAGGACAGAGAGACAAGUCCACCUUGGAAGCAUCACCUCCUGGAGACAUGAAGAGCCUCAGACCUGAGCAGCUGCGGGGACUGCUGGAGCCCGAGAGGACCAAGACGCUGCUGCCUCGGGAGAGCAGGGCCUGGGAGAAGCGUGCCACCUUCCUCAAGGACUGGGUGGCAGUGAAGGUUGGGGCGUCCGUCUGUGACAGCGACCAGAAAGACCUGCCUUCUCAAGAGACCAGGCAUCCCCAAGAAUGGAACUCGGUGGAAGAAGAUGAGUCAGAGGAAUCCAAGGGCUCCAUGGACUGGCCACGGUCCCCACAACAAACCACCUUACUCCUGAUUGUCUGCGUGCUCUUUCUGUUCCUGGUGUUGACAGGGAUGCCCAUGGCGUUUUACAUUUAAGUCCUUCAGGAAGGGACGCCCGGCGUCCUGAGAAGGAGGCAUCCUGGCAAAAUACCAGGAGUGGGUGUUGAAUCUGAUCAAAUGCCUUUCACACAUCCAUCCACACGAUUUUAUUUUUUGUAUUUAACCUUUUGGUGUCAGGUGUUUUGCAUUGCUGUAUUUCAUUGAACUUAAGACAUCAGUGACUGUAAAAUGUAUAAUUUUAUACACCACGGGGAAAGAAAGAAGUGCUAUUUAAUGGUAAGAUGCCACCAAGUGGGAAGUGCGGCGUGACUUCAAAGAAGGUAAAAAUGUAGCUCGAGAAAUAUCAAUCCCUCGACAUUCAGAGAGAAUUCACCAGUCAAUGCGUCAGGUCCUAGAGCUGUUGAGGGGACGAUCCAGCUGAUCCUUGGAUGGCUUUCUCAGUUUCUUCUCGUGUUAUCUGCUUAUUAAUCCUUUUUUAUUGACUAAUUUUGACAAUUUAGUCUUCUUUUAUCUCCUAGGACAGUCUUCAUUCCAUUCAAUUUUUCAGAUUAUCAGCUGAAUUGUUAAUAUUAUUUUAUAAUUAAACAAAAUCUUAUCUUUCUUUGGUUCUACCCUCUUUCUUCCUUUCAGCAUCUGUUUGUGGUUUACCCAUCGUUAUUAGAUUUGCCCAAAGGUUUUCAAGUUCAUUAUUAUUCUUCUGAAAAACCAGUAUUAGGAUUUAUGUAUGUCCACUAUUUCUGUACCUUUUGUUUUCCUUUAGGAUGUAUCGGGUUUAUGCUUUAUUUCUAUUCCUUGUCUCUGUUCUUGAGGAAAUUCAUUUGUGUUCUCUUUUGACAACAUUACUUGCUAUGAUCCUAUACUUAGUCAUACAAAUGUACUUAAACUAUAGCCCUGGCCAUCUUAAAGUUCGACCGUUUAUGUUGCCUAAAUAUUAGAUUGUAGUGUUUCUAAAGAGUACUUUGAAACUCAGUAAUUGGGUUUAUUUAAAAUUAGCUUUGUUUUCUUGAUUUAGGGCACCGUGAACAGAGAACGUGGCCUAUAAUAUAUCCAUUGGCUUUCCAAACAUUUAGAAAAAGCUUUUACUGUGGCCUAGAACAUGUCCAACGUUGCUGCAUGUUUCAUAGACAUUUAAGAGGAAAACUCUGUCUGUAGAAUUCAAAACUCUACAUGUCUGUUAAUAAACUCAGUUUUAUCAACCAUGUUGUUCAGGGUCAGGUGUUACGUAAUUUUGGCCUCUCUCAUCUGUCAG